AUGUGGAAGACCAAAAACGGUUUGAGCUUUUUGCUUUACCUGAAUGUACAAUCUUUUUGUAUUUAUUGUAUUCACGGAAGAGCAUCCAUUAGAUGUCAGGACCUUGAUGAUAACUUAAGGGCCGAGUUACCGUUAUUUGACAUCUUCUCGAGCAGUAGACUUUCGUGUGGAACAAAGUGUACAGAAGAAGGCUAUAUGUGCCUGUCAUAUGCCUGGAACAGAGAUAGCAAACGGUGCAUGCUGUUCUAUCAGAGAUGUUCCAAAGACACCCAAAGAGAUCAAACAGAGAAAAGCUGGGAACACUAUGAAAUACGAGUACCUUGUUUGUCGGACAUUGCGGUUGGUAAACCAGCUCAACAGUCGUCAACCUUUUCACUUUAUGAUGCAGAGAGGGCAGUGGAUGGAAAAAGAAGCACAGACUUUCUGCAAAAUUCCUGCUCACACACUGCGGAUUCUCCAGAACAAAACCCAUGGUGGAGAGUGGAUUUGAGGGCUGUGAAUUACAUUGCUAGUGUCAGAAUGCUCAACAGGGGAAUGGACCGGUUCGGAAUAGAUGUUUCAGACCGGUUGCAGAAUGUCACAGUCACUGUGGGGCUGACAGAAUCUUCUGUAAACACAACCUGUGGUUUCUUUGCUGGUCCCGGUACUUUGUCUCAACUGGUUGUCCUUGACUGUCCACCAGAAACAAUGGGGAGAUACGUAAUGGUCUCCAUCUUGACCGGUCCUCUCACACUCUGCGAAGUGGACGUGAUUGGUUUUUAAUGCCCAAAGAUUAUAACAAACAAAUCUUUUGCUGCUGGAUUACAUUUAUCAUGUAUAGAUGCACACAUGAUUGGGGUUUAUUUUGGUACAUUGCAAAAAUAUUCGUCUUGAAAAAAAUGAAAAAAAAAAUCGACAUCAACAUAAAUUAUUCCCAAUUGCUACCCCUAUCCUAUUUGUAUCAUGUUUUUUAAAUGUCAAAAUCAAAUUUAAGUCUCGUUAAAAUGCAACAGAGAGAAAACAGAAGAGAUCGAGGCAUAUCAUGUAUAUAUAGUUUGGGACAUGGCUGUAUAAUUUAGAGAUGCGGUCUAUGGACAUCGUUUUUUUAUAAUGUACGUCAUAUAUUUUACUUCAUAUCCUGGUUGCAGCAACACUGGUACUUUACA